AUGUUACCGUUGACCAUCCUCCCCCGAGGACUAGUUCUCCUUCUCCUCUUUGGCCUAACAACACAUCACGCGACACGGGCCUUCCCGUCGAAAAUCGACCCGGAGCUCCUCCUGGAUAGCGAUAAGUCUUACAAAACAUACCGCGAGAAAUACAAGUGCCUGGAGGAAGAGUGCUACGUAUAUUACGGUGUCGACGCAUUAUACGAGGGCAAUUGCUCGGUGAUUAUACAUUCCCCGAACGCAUGGAGUGCGUCCAUCGGCCUAGGCGGGAGUGGCCGAGAUCUCAGACACCCAUUGACGCUUCCGGGAACACUGUAUCUCGGCCCGACACACAGCCACGGACUUCGAACGUUCGAUCCUAACGACCUAUUUCUCGCCUUGGACGCCGAAGCCAAGGGAUAUGGCGACCCGGGCCUUUCAAGCAUCAAUUACAUGACAUCGGUAUUCCCGGCGCACUUGCUCAACGGGAUUCGCGGGAAGGAAGGGCGGGUGCUAUGGGACGUCACGGCCGAGGCAAUGAUGGAUGACAUGGAGGGCGAUAGUACCUACGUCUACGUGGGUGGAGAGCUGCGCCAUUCGGUGCCGACCCCACCACGCGACGAGUUUGCGAACCGGCUCAAGCUGUACUGGCCCGCGAGCUGGAGCAGCUCCCUCGUCAAGACGGGAAAGACCGGGAGAGCGGCAAACACGCGCGGGGUGGAAAAGUACCUCUACUCGAGACCGCCAGCGGGCCGUGUGCCGCCCGGGCAGCCGUACGAAAUGAGGUUUGAUGGGAUUGUCGAGGGGGAGACGGCAAGGGUGAAUUUCACCGUUACGGAUUACUGCUCGAGGGCUGUGUGUGAAUACUGGGAUGAUCGGUAUCAUUUUAAUUAUACCGUCGUGUUUGUUGGGAUCAACCGAGCGGCUGUUGCGGCGAUGUGGCCGAUGCCGGUUAUGGAGAUUCAUAAAGACAGGAUGCUGUUUACUGAUGGGAGAACCGGAAUACUUGAGGAAGUUGAGGAAGUUGAGGAAGACGAGGAUUGUGGGGCCGUGUGCAGAGUUUUCAGGUGGCUGAAUGGGUCGUAUAUUGGCGUCGUCUUGUAUGGUGGCUUAUGUUUGGGUCUGGUUCUCUUUUUUGUUAGAGUGAUGUUCUUCCGGUAGCUAACAUUGUUAUUUUCGGUCGGUCGGCCGGGGGUUUUUUUCUUCCCUCUUGAAUUCUCUGAACAUUCUUGUCCUUUCUUCAUUCUGUUCCUAGGGGCACCGGUUUUAAAAUAUCCGUCUUAUAA